AGAAGACUGGCCGAAAGAACAGAAAAAACAAAAACAAAAGACAGAAAGAAAUAACAUGAGCGACACUGGAAUAAACGUGUGCCUAGGUUUUCAAAAUGUGUUGUUUUCUUCAGAAAAAAUAUGAUAUGGUAUCAUUACAUUUGCACCUUUAAAAUCAAUUUAACUUUCGUGUUGCAUUUGGGAUUAUACGUGAAAUAGAAGAAAAAUCAACUCCGAGGCUACCUUGACCAUAGGUCAAAUCGUGAAUUUUCAUUAAGAUAUCUCAAAAAAUGGAGAAGGAAGUCGGCAACGGGUGUUCUUCUCUUGCUUACAAGCUUUUAUUCUCAUGCCCUUUCGGUCUGUCUCAGCCACAGCUGUCCGCAGUUUUCGAUGAAUCAUACGAUAGAAUUCCUCAUUCAGACUCGAAUUUGGAGAAUUCCAUUUCUCAGAUAUGGGAUCAGAGGGUUCAGAAAAAUGGAUCUUUAUUCAAUGGCAAGAAAUUUAGGUAUGGAGGCUAUAGUCAGAAGAGUGGAGAUGGAUCAAAGAAAGAGUCUUAUGUAUGCCUCCACCUUGGGUUGACAGAUUAUAGAACUUUUGUGGGGACAAACUUGAAUCCUUCAUGGGAAAAAUUCUUGGUUGCAUCAGAAGAUGACCCAACACAGUGUCGACACACCUCGAGCCCUCUAGGUAAUGGUGCAAUUGUGGAGACAUCUGACCAAAAAAUAGUGCUGCUGCAAAGAAGUAAUAAUGUUGGCGAAUUUCCUGGGCAUUUUGUUUUCCCAGGAGGCCACCCUGAGCCACAAGAAGUUGGCAUAGAAACCCACGAGUACUGCAAGUGCUCGAAAGAUUCUGAGCUUGUUAAUAAAAAGGUUUCUCAGGAGAUGUUCGAAAGCAUCAUCCGUGAAGUUGUUGAGGAAAUUGGAGUACCAGCUACAUCCUUGUCAGAUCCUCUUUUUAUCGGCAUAUCCCGCAGGGUCUUGAAUGUUAGACCAGCUAUCUUUUUCUUUAUUAAAUGCAGUCUUGAAUCAAAAGAAAUCCAUCAACUGUAUUCUAAGGCACAAGAUGGCUAUGAAUCCACUCAACUUUAUACAGUCUCAAUGAUUGAAGUAGAGCAUAUGACAUCAAAAAUGCCUGGCUGUCAUCAAGGGGGAUUUGCUCUCUAUAAGCUAAUGGUUGAAGCAUUGAAGAAGAACUGAUGAUAGUUCAUUGCUGCUGCUCUCUUCGAUUUCAAAUUUCUACUCUUCUAUAUAUGUUUCCAUCUUAGAUUUCAAAGCAAUAACAUCGAGUUCACAAAAUUUGAUGUAACUAUAACAUCAUUUUAAUUGCUUUCAAGGAAAUUCCAGGCUAAUUGUAAGCAGUGUGAUAUGUUGUAUAGAAAAUCAGAGGAGUUAUUUAUUGUA